AUGUCUCUUUUGAAAGACCCAUGGCAUUCUUCAGGCUCACUUGAGCAGAACCCCUUCCACCACACCCCUAGCCCAUACCUCCCAGCCCCAGGCCAUACCUCCCAGCCCCCAGCCCCAGGCCAUACCCUUCAGCCCCAAGCACCAGGCCAUACCUUCCAGCCCACAUGCCAUACCUUCCAGCCCACAGGCCAUACUUUCAGGCCCACAGCCCAUACCCUCCAGUCCCCCAGCCCAUACCCUCCAGCCCCCAGCCCAUACCCUCCAGCCCCCCAGCCCAUACCCUCCAGUCCCCCAGCCCAUACCCUCCAGCCCCCAGGCCAUACCCUCCAGUCCCCCAGCCCAUACCCUCCAGCCCCCAGGCCAUACCCUCCAGUCCCCCAGCCCAUACCCUCCAGCCCCCCAGCCCAUACCCUCCAGUCCCCCAGCCCAUACCCUCCAGUCCCCCAGCCCAUACCCUCCAGUCCCCCAGCCCAUACCCUCCAGUCCCCCAGGCCAUACCCUCCAGUCCCCAGGCCAUACCCUCCAGUCCCCCAGCCCAUACCCUCCAGUCCCCCAGCCCAUACCCUCCAGCCCCCAGGCCAUACCCUCCAGUCCCCCAGCCCAUACCCUCCAGUCCCCCAGCCCAUACCCUCCAGUCCCCCAGCCCAUACCCUCCAGUCCCCCAGCCCAUACCCUCCAGUCCCCAGGCCAUACCCUCCAGUCCCCCAGCCCAUACCCUCCAGCCCCCCAGCCCAUACCCUCCAGUCCCCCAGCCCAUACCCUCCAGCCCCCAGGCCAUACCCUCCAGUCCCCCAGCCCAUACCCUCCAGCCCCCAGGCCAUACCCUCCAGUCCCCCAGCCCAUACCCUCCAGCCCCCCAGCCCAUACCCUCCAGUCCCCCAGCCCAUACCCUCCAGCCCCCAGCCCAUACCCUCCAGUCCCCCAGCCCAUACCCUCCAGUCCCCCAGCCCAUACCCUCCAGUCCCCCAGCCCAUACCCUCCAGUCCCCCAGGCCAUACCCUCCAGUCCCCAGGCCAUACCCUCCAGUCCCCCAGCCCAUACCCUCCAGUCCCCCAGCCCAUACCCUCCAGCCCCCAGGCCAUACCCUCCAGUCCCCCAGGCCAUACCCUCCAGUCCCCCAGCCCAUACCCUCCAGUCCCCCAGGCCAUACCCUCCAGUCCCCCAGCCCAUACCCUCCAGUCCCCCAGCCCAUACCCUCCAGUCCCCCAGCCCAUACCCUCCAGUCCCCCAGCCGAUACCCUCCAGUCCCCCAGCCCAUACCCUCCAGUCCCCCAGCCCAUACCCUCCAGUCCCCCAGCCCAUACCCUCCAGUCCCCCAGGCCAUACCCUCCAGUCCCCCAGGCCAUACCCUCCAGUCCCCCAGCCCAUACCCUCCAGUCCCCCAGCCCAUACCCUCCAGUCCCCCAGCCCAUACCCUCCAGUCCCCCAGGCCAUACCCUCCAGUCCCCCAGCCCAUACCCUCCAGUCCCCCAGCCCAUACCCUCCAGUCCCCUAGCCCAUACCCUCCAGUCCCCAGGCCAUACCCUCCAGUCCCCCAGGCCAUACCCUCCAGUCCCCCAGCCCAUACCCUCCAGUCCCCAGGCCAUACCCUCCAGUCCCCCAGCCCAUACCCUCCAGUCCCCCAGGCCAUACCCUCCAGUCCCCCAGCCCAUACCCUCCAGUCCCCCAGGCCAUACCCUCCAGCCCCCAGCCCAUACCCUCCAGUCCCCCAGCCCAUACCCUCCAGUCCCCCAGGCCAUACCCUCCAGUCCCCCAGGCCAUACCCUCCAGCCCCCAGCCCAUACCCUCCAGUCCCCCAGGCCAUACCCUCCAGUCCCCCAGGCCAUACCCUCCAGCCCCCAGCCCAUACCCUCCAGUCCCCCAGCCCAUACCCUCCAGUCCCCCAGGCCAUACCCUCCAGUCCCCCAGCCCAUACCCUCCAGUCCCCCAGGCCAUACCCUCCAGUCCCCCAGCCCAUACCCUCCAGUCCCCCAGGCCAUACCCUCCAGUCCCCCAGCCCAUACCCUCCAGUCCCCCAGGCCAUACCCUCCAGCCCCCAGCCCAUACCCUCCAGUCCCCAGCCCAUACCCUCCAGUCCCCCAGCCCAUACCCUCCAGUCCCCCAGGCCAUACCCUCCAGUCCCCCAGCCCAUACCCUCCAGUCCCCCAGCCCAUACCCUCCAGUCCCCCAGCCCAUACCCUCCAGUCCCCCAGGCCAUACCCUCCAGUCCCCCAGGCCAUACCCUCCAGUCCCCCAGCCCAUACCCUCCAGUCCCCCAGGCCAUACCCUCCAGUCCCCCAGGCCAUACCCUCCAGUCCCCCAGGCCAUACCCUCCAGUCCCCCAGGCCAUACCCUCCAGUCCCCCAGCCCAUACCCUCCAGUCCCCCAGGCCAUACCCUCCAGUCCCCCAGGCCAUACCCUCCAGUCCCCAGCCCAUACCCUCCAGUCCCCCAGCCCAUACCCUCCAGUCCCCCAGGCCAUACCCUCCAGUCCCCCAGCCCAUACCCUCCAGUCCCCCAGCCCAUACCCUCCAGUCCCCCAGGCCAUACCCUCCAGUCCCCCAGGCCAUACCCUCCAGUCCCCCAGCCCAUACCCUCCAGUCCCCCAGGCCAUACCCUCCAGUCCCCCAGGCCAUACCCUCCCAUCACAAUAACAUUCUGA